UAACUUGGAGUACUAACGGUUCCCAAUUUCCCAUCAUAAUACCAUAGUUUUAAUAAUCUGAUAUCAUUAGUUUAACAAAAACUUUCUGUGGCAAAUUAAAGAAGUCUCGAAAAGUUGGUAGUAAAUAAUAGAUGGUGUAAGUUAUCUGGGGUCCUCUGUAACAAGUAUAUAUAUUAAGAAAAAUCCUUCUCGUUUGGACUAUUAAUAUACAAAGUUACAAGAGAGGGAGAGAGAGCUUCUGUUUGGUGUGGAGUAGCAUUGAGUAAAGUUGAAUACUUACAUUUGUUGAGCAGUUGUUUUGAUAAUUGACAUAGAUCGAUGUUGCCGACUGGACUGUUUUCUGUUUAUUUAGGUUGGAGUACUGCAGCCGGCAUUGCAGGGAAUAUCUUUGCCCUUGUGUUAUUUGUGUCACCAAUACCAACAUUUAAGAGAAUUAUCAAAACUAAGUCAACAGAACAAUUUUCCGGAUUGCCUUACAUAUAUGCACUUUUGAACUGCUUGAUAUGCUCCUGGUAUGGCAUGCCUGCUGUGAAAACUGGGAUUAUACUGGUGGCUACAGUCAAUUCAAUCGGGGCCGUUUUCCAGUUAGUCUACUUAAGCAUUUUCAUUAGGCACGCCGAAAGAGCGAUCAAGCUGCGGAUGAUGGGAUUGAUAGCGGCAGUUAUUGUUGUGUUCGCGUUGGUUGUCUUUGUGAGCUUGGGGCUUUUAGACUACAACGAGAGGCAAACGUUUGUCGGAUACCUGAGUGUUGCUUCGCUCAUCUCAAUGUUUGCUUCGCCGCUGUUUAUCAUAAAAUUGGUGAUCAAAACAAGGAGUGUCGAGUUCAUGCCAUUUAAUCUUUCUCUCGCGACUUUUUUGAUGAGUCUCUCUUUCUCUGCAUAUGGAGUGCUCAAGGAAGACCCUUUCCUCUAUAUCCCAAACGGUAUUGGAACAAUUUUAGGGCUUGUCCAGUUAGCUCUGUACUCCUACUACAGCAAAAUAUCCGAAGACGCCUCAAGAGAGCCAUUGAUAGUUUCAUACGCCUGACGAACAUAUUGGCAUCCUUAAUACAUUAAGAAGUGAAAGUUUCUUUCAGCUGCCAAGAGGAAAAGAUUGCAUUCGGGAUGUGUAGGAUCGCCGGAAAGGCAUUGAUUUUGUCUGUAUCACUAAAUCUAUAUAAGCUUCUUGGCCUGAAUAGGAUGAGAAGUACUCUAAAAAGUGUUACAGUGAGAGAGCAGUGUAUCAGAUUUUGUAUGAGUUUUACAGGGUGGAAACUAAAGCAUAUAGAAAAAGGUAAUGUUCCAACUAUUCUUUAGUUGGAAAAUUUCUCUUA